AAUAAUUGAUCAAGUACUCAUAACCUAUAAAAAGAUUGAACCAAAUACAAACAAAUAUCAAACGUGUAUCGAGUUUUUAAAAAAAUGAAUGCUCGUAGAGUUGUUCUUAUUUUGCUUUUUGGGUUCUUGUUUUUGAAUAUCGCUUUUUUGACUGCUGCAAUGUUAGGAGAUAACUGGUGGUCAACUACAUUAACAGAGAGAAACGAUCGUUUUGGUUUAUUAAGACAAUGUAUGACUCUUCCUCUACAAAGUUCUCCCGAGCUUUUUUGCUCGUUUCGUGAAAAUGCACUGAAAUUCAAUAAAAACAGCGUGUAUGAAAAAGAUUUGGAUGUGGCAGCCGUCCUUAACAUUGUGUCUCUCGGUUUCUGUCUAAUUGCAAUCAUUGUUUUGAUACUGACACUGCAGUACCCAUUUAUUGUGUGGAUUCCUGUUCUUGUUUUUAUAUUUUUGACUGUCUCUGGUAUGCUUACGCUUGCUUUGGUAGUUUUUGUGCAGAUCAAAAUCCACAAGAACAUUGCAACUCUUGUAGGGCCGAAUUUUAGCAGUAAAGGUUGGUCAUUCUAUAUAUCAUACUGCGCUUUAAUUGCUGGACUUGUAUCGUUAAUAUUAGGGCUCAUUUUUAUGGUUAUCAGUUUAAUUCAACACUCAAAAAAAGGAAAACGUCUAAACGAUCAUUCCAGAUCAGUAAUUCCAAACGCUCCAGAUUUUCCAGAGAUCGCCAUUGACAUGAGUCGAGAAAACAAAAGUUACACAUUUGACGAUUUGCCUGUUUAUUCAGAACUUGACAACGUCGAUUCGUUUAAAUACACUCCAGACACAGAACCUCAUGUAAAAAUGAGAGCAUUUUACUCAGGUACGUAUGACCAAACUGACACGGAGUAUAAUUUUAGUUAAUCAAAAAACAAUGAUUAUUUACUAUUUAUAAUUGAUUCUUGAUAAAAAAACUAUACAAAUCUAGUAUUCUAGUCUCCAUUAAUUUUUCACUGUUAUGUAGAUAACAUUUUAUGUUUUUUUUUUUAAUAAAUAUUAUUUGUAUUAUUACUAUUUUAUUUCUAUUUUAAUAUUGUCAUUAAUAGUUUGGUUGUAAUGUGUUAAAGAAAACCAUAUAUAAUUUUAUAAUAUAUUUU